CGUGGCCGCGCAUUCCAUACCGGACACAUGCUCUGGUGGGUUCCAGUGGAGCUGCUGUCUCACGGAAAGGCUGAAAUCAUCACAACUCUAACUUUUUCUCUGACUUACUUCCUUAUCAUGGCAGGGAAUUUCCAAUAUUCUCUACCAGUCGGUGCUACCAACCUUCAACAACCGAUACUCUCUGCAGUGGCUGACAGCCCUAUGAUCAGAGGAGGCCUUCAGACUUUCUCUGGAUCCUCCCUACCAACCUUAGGCUCAGCUUGGCUCAUACCUUCAGGCUCAAUCCUACCUGUCCAGUCUAAUGCAGGAAACACCAAUGCCUUCACCUAUCAGCUGCCUGAAACAGCUCUAUGGCCAGGACUAUAUGGGACUGCUGGACAGACGCAGAUCCCCAGAUCAGCUGCUUCUUACCCCACUGUCUAUGAAUGGGGAGCACAGGGCAAUCCCUACAGGGCUGCAAAGGUCUCUGCACCUUGCUCUGUGGCGUCACUAGUCCAGGACAUGUCAAAUCCUCCUCUCCAUCAGCUGAGCAACACCAGCUCCUUGGAGCACCUCUAUGGGCAGAUUCAGCUGCCCGCAAAUGCCCGUCUUGUGCAGAUACAGCCUCAGGCGACACCACUGCAGGUUCUUCAAAGCCAAGGGCAUGGGCAACAAGUUCCUGUGCAGGACUGGAGAAGCAUCUACCUUUAUAACCAUGAUGCAAGGGGCCAGGUGGCACCAGGAGAGAUGUACUCUACCAUGUCCAGCAGCAGGGUCACUACAGUGCCAGCCAAGUCCCAGAAUGAAAUGGUUCUGGUCUUGAAACCCAUCCAGCCCGUGAGCACCCAGGCAGCCCCCGCUGACAAUUUGCACCAUCCAGUCUCAGCAAAUCCCCAGGACACCAAACCAGAGUGCAAAGGCAAGGGGGAAUAUUCAGAUGCUUAG